GCGGUUGGAGCUGCUGGAAAUGGGGGGUACCGGGUCUGAGCGAAGCUAUGACAUGGUUCAUUACGGUCACUCAAACCAGCUGCGCCAGGCUCGGGCCAUGGGUGACUACCUCAUCGUGGGCGUGCACACUGAUGAGGAGAUUGCCAAGCACAAAGGACCCCCAGUGUUCACCCAGGAGGAGAGGUACAAGAUGGUGCAGGCCAUCAAGUGGGUGGACGAGGUGGUGCCCGCUGCGCCCUAUGUCACCACGCUGGAGACGCUGGACAAGCACAACUGUGACUUCUGUGUCCAUGGCAAUGACAUCACAUUGACUGUUGAUGGCCGAGACACCUAUGAGGAGGUGAAACAGGCUGGGAGGUACAGAGAGUGCAAGCGCACCCAGGGUGUGUCCACCACAGACCUCGUAGGCCGCAUGCUGCUGGUGACCAAGGCCCACCACAGCGGCCAGGAGAUGUCCUCCGAGUACCGGGAGUAUGCGGACAGUUUUGGCAAGUGCCCGGGGGGGCGGGACCCCUGGACAGGGGUGUCCCAGUUUCUGCAGACGUCCCAGAAGAUCAUCCAGUUUGCUUCCGGGAAGGAGCCUCAGCCCGGGGAGACUGUCAUUUAUGUGGCGGGCGCCUUUGACCUGUUCCACAUUGGGCACGUGGACUUCCUAGAGAAAGUGUACCGCCUGGCAGAAAGGCCCUAUGUCAUCGCUGGCCUCCACUUUGACCAGGAAGUGAACCGCUACAAAGGCAAGAACUACCCCAUAAUGACCCUGCACGAGCGGACCCUGAGCGUGCUGGCCUGCAGGUACGUGUCGGAGGUGGUGAUUGGGGCUCCAUACUCUGUCACGGCUGAGCUCUUGGGUCACUUCAAGGUGGACCUGGUGUGUCAUGGCAAGACGGAAGUUGUGCCUGACAGGGACGGCUCUGACCCCUACCAGGAGCCCAAGAGAAGAGGCAUCUUCCGCCAGAUGGACAGCGGCAGCGACCUCACCACAGACCUCAUUGUGCAGAGGAUCAUCAAGAACAGGUUAGAGUAUGAGGCGCGCAACCAGAAGAAAGAAGCCAAGGAGCUGGCCUUCCUGGAGGCCAGGAGGCAGCAGGAGGCACAGCCCGCCGCAGAGAACGCGUAGGCCUCACCGGAGGACUUACCUGGCGCACGGGCACCCGGGGCCACCCCGUUCUGCCUCUGCCUCUCAGUUGGGUUCACGGGGUUCUCAUGGGAGUGGCGGUGCCACGUCUCCCGGGCCUGGCUCCUGUGCGGCCAGCCCAUCUGCCUGCAAGGCGCCCAGGCCUGUCCAGCCCCUUGGUGCAGCCCAGAAGGCCGGACCAGCAGAGGGCGCUGCCACGCCAGGGGCUCAUGGAGGCCGCUUCCGUCCAUCGGUGCCCUGCCGCUCCCUGUGGUGAACAUGGACACCUGUCCCGCCCGCCCGGCUGCAGGAGGCGCAGAGGAGGUGGUUGUGGAGCUGGGGUGUGGGCUGCUCCGCGGGGCCUGGCCCACCGGGGGCAGGUCCUGGCACCUCAUGCCUGGCUCUGGGGAGAUGCACGUGCCCGGCUGCCGGGCCUGCCGGCUGCCCUGUCCUCAGACCUCCACCUCCAUUCUGCACCUCCGUGGCUGGUGUGAGUCUCUGGGCCACCGAAUAAAGCUUGACGGGAAGUGC